GUCUCCCUCUCUCUCUGUCUGUCUGUCUCCCUCUCUGUCUCUGUCUGUCUGUCUGUCUCUCAGAGAGAGGGGACCCUGAUGGGAACAGCGAUAGGAACUUGUUUCGGUUACUGGCUCGGUGUUUCCUCCUUCAUCUACUUCCUGGCGUAUUUGGUCAACGCUCAGAUCACCAUGCUGCAGAUGCUCUCCCUGCUGGGUUACGGUCUGUUUGGGCACUGCGUCGUCCUCUUCGUCACCUACAACAUCCACUUCCACUUCCUGUUCUACGUCCUCUGGCUGCUGUGUGGAGGACUGUCCACUCUGCGCAUGGUAGCGGCUCUGCUGUCCCGUACGGUGGGUCAGACUCCUCGUCUCCUCCUCUGUGGGACUUUGUCUGUCCUCCACAUGCUCUUCCUGCUCUACCUUCACUUCGCCUACCACAAGAUCGUAGAAGGUCUCUUGGACUCUCUUGAAGGACCCAACAUGGCUCCCAUGCAGCGGGUGGCCAGAGACGUGCCUGAGCUGACCCUGAAUGCCUCCAUGAGGAGCCUGGGCCCCCUGCUGAGGGCCCAGUGAACAUCUUCAUGUACAUUUUAAAUCUUUCUGUAAUGUUUAAAGUUUAAUGUUUAAUGUUUAAAGAUGUAUUUAUAGUUUCUGAACAGAGACUCAAAUAAACUGCUUUACUUUAAAUAAACGUUUACAAACUGAU